AUGCCGUCCGAUACGACUGAGCAACCCCCGGGCACACGGCCGACUGUCGUCCCUCCAGUAGUGGUUCAGCCUGACACUGUUUUUCCGGCGCCUGUAUUUGCGAAGGCCACCUUGAAUCAGCGAAAACAACGGAGGCCACAAUGCAUUGCUCACAGAGGCUACAAGGCCAGAUUUCCGGAGAAUUCGUUGUUGGCUUUUGAGGAAGCGAUCAAAGCUGGCGCGACGGGGCUGGAGACAGAUGUCCACUUCACCAAGGACGAUAUUGUUGUCAUCAGCCAUGAUUCGACGUUGAGGAGAUGUUUCGGCCGCAAAGAAAAGAUCCUCGAUCGGAACUGGGACGAGAUCAAAGACCUGAGGACUACAUCGCCGCCGCAUGUGCCGAUGCCACGAAUGGAAGAUCUACUAGACUUUCUGGCGCAACCUGGCAUGGAAGAGAUCUGGGUACUGCUCGACAUCAAGCUCGACAACGACGCAGAGGACAUUAUGCGAUUGCUGGGCGCUACCAUGGAGCGUGUCAAGCAGCCUCCUGGCAGGACCUGGAAAGAGCGCAUAGUGCUAGGUCUAUGGGCCGCAAAGUACCUGCCUCUCGCCGCCAAAUACUUGCCCGGAUUUCCAGUACUGCACAUUGGAUUCAAGACUUCGUACGCGAGACACUUCCACACUGUGCCCAACGUCGGAUUCAACAUGCUGCUUCCCAUGUUGAUAGCGCCAGGAGGGCCGGCGUUCGUGCGCGAAAGCAGGGAGGUGCAACGUCGGCAGGUGCUCUCCUGGACCGUGAACGACAGAGACAGGAUGGAGUGGUGUAUCCGGCGGCAGUUGGAUGGUGUUGUCACUGACGAUCCAGCAAUCUUUGCGAGGAUGCGCGAGGAUGAAAUCAUCACGCUCCAGGCCGGCCAGUGCGGCAACAGCGUCGGCUCCCAAUUCUGGCGCCAGCUCUGUCUCGAACACGGCAUCAACCAAGAUGGCAACCUCGAAGACUUCGCGACCGAAGGCGGCGACCGCAAAGACGUCUUCUUCUACCAAUCCGACGACACACGCUACAUCCCCCGCGCGAUCCUGCUCGACCUCGAACCGCGCGUGAUCAAUGGGAUCCAGACGGGCCCGUAUAAGAAUAUCUACAACCCGGAGAACUUCUAUGUGCAUAAGGAGGGGACAGGAGCGGGGAAUAAUUGGGCGGCGGGGUAUGAUAUGGGGAGUCAGGUGCAGGAUGAGGUUUUGGAUAUGAUUGAUCGGGAGGCGGAUGGGAGUGAUAGUUUGGAGGGCUUCAUGCUGCUGCACUCGAUUGCUGGAGGGACAGGCUCUGGUCUCGGCUCGUUUCUGCUCGAGCGGUUGAAUGACCACUUCCCCAAGAAGAUCAUCCAGACGUACUCGGUGACUCCGGACACGAUCAAUGCGCCGGAUGUUAUUGUACAGCCUUACAACGCUCUUCUGGCACUGCGAAGACUGACAGAGAAUGCUGAUGCUGUUACCGUCCUCGACAAUGGUGCGCUAUCGAGAAUCGCAGCGGAUACACUACACGUACAAGAGCCGUCUUUCGAACAAACCAACCGACUCGUCAGCACAGUCAUGUCUGCAGCAACGACCACUCUACGAUACCCUGGCUACAUGCAUAACGACUUGGUUGGAAUUAUAGCGAGCUUGAUCCCGACCCCUCGCUGCCAUUUCCUCCAAACGAGCUACACUCCUUUCACUGGCGACAACGUUGAAGCUGCGAAGACGGUCCGGAAGACGACUGUUCUGGAUGUGAUGAGACGAUUGUUACAACCAAAGAAUCAAAUGGUCUCGACGAAGCCGACCAAGAACAGCUGCUACAUUUCCAUCCUGAACAUCAUCAUGGGCGAUGCGGAUCCAACAGAUGUACACAAAUCGCUCCUGCGAAUCCGCGAACGAAACCUCGCUUCUUUCAUUCCCUGGGGACCAGCCAGUAUCCAGGUCGCGCUCACUCGAACUUCCCCAUACACCCAGCCUCCAUACACCACCCGUGCCCCACCUAGAGUAUCUGGGCUCAUGCUGGCGAAUCACACCGGCAUCGCAUCGCUGUUCAAGCGCAUCGUGUUUCAAUUCGACAAGCUGCGAAAACGAAACGCCUUCCUCGAGCAGUACAAGAAACAUGAGCCUUUCCGAGACGGGUUCGGCGAGUUCGAUACCUCCCGAGAAGUUGUGAUGGAUUUGAUCAACGAGUACGAGGAGGCUGAGAAGGCCGAUUACUUGUCUGGUGGCAAGGAAGAGGAGCCUGCCAAUGGUGGUGCCGAUUCGAGGACGGACGGAGUGACCGGGCGAUGA